AUGAUUCGAACCAGUCUUACUCGCCAGUUCUCUCCCCCCAAACCCAAAACCAAAACCAACUCCACCCCGAAACCCACCACUGCAGUUGCUGGAAUUUCGGGACCUGCUUCCCCGGCGCCGGCCCCUGAACUAAUGUCCACCGGCCUGCCGGGCUGGCCUUGGCUGGGAUCCAGUUCUAGCGCGCUCAUUGUCCCGACAACUCCCUCGCGCAGCGCGACGGGGCCAGAGCCUAGCCUGGCAAACGGCAGUCACGGCAGUCUUAUCCAGUGA